AUGGCUGAGCAGUUUCUUGGGCUCGGCAAGGCACUUGAAAAUAUCCAUAAUGGCUGUCGAAGGUUGCGACUGCCCCAUGAUGUCGUCAAUCCCAAACGUCAUUACGGGCGGCAUGUAAAUAUCAAACUCGGGAACAUUGUCUUGUUUCAGGCUCGAGGCGUGAAGCCUUUUCUUGGCUUGGCGGGCUUUGGUCUUGGAAAAUAUUACACAGACGCCUACCGCUCCGAGGGCUACCCCAUACUAUUUUGUCAAUCACGAACAUUCCGGUCUUCGGAGUCUGAUCUUCCCGACGGGUUGGUGGGAUCGAAAUCCGAUGUGUUUAGUCUCGGUUGUAUCUUUCUGGAGCACAUCACCUGGUUUCUCCGUGGCCUUGAUCUCUAUAGGUUUGCGUAUGCGAGACUUGAGAAGGAUGUUCAACUCUACGCGGAAAAUCUCUUCUUCAAACUCAAGGGAAAUAAACAGAAGACAGCGGUGAUUAGGCCUGCGGUGAAACGUUGGAUUGGGAGUUUAAAGGAAGAGGAGGCUUGUAGCUGGUACUUGAUUCGAAUGCUUGAUCUCAUCGAAACCGAGAUGAUGCAAGUGGACACGGAUAUAUUAGAAUUAGUGCGAGGGCUCUUGUCAAGAAGCUGGAAGUUCUCAAGAGUACUUGCUAGCGAAAGCCUUCCUUUUAUACCGAAACUGGAGAUAUCCAUAUGGAUUGAGUUGCGCAUCUAUAAUAUCACGUGA